AUGAACACAGACUGCUUCGGCGCCGGCGUGUUGCCUCUUGAGACCUUUAUUCGCGAGACUCUUCGUCGCUCCAAGACCAGCUUCUCGACUUUGCAAGUCGCCUUGUAUUACCUGAUUCUCUUGAAGGCCAGGAUGCCUCAAGGCCAAGUUGCGUCGCGGUGCAGAGGCGACACACCGGAACGAACUCAGUGUCGUGCCAUGCAGUGCGGACGCCGAAUGUUUUUGUCGGCUCUUAUGCUGGCGUCCAAAUACCUACAAGAUCGAAACUAUUCGGCUCGCGCCUGGAGCAAAAUCUCUGGCCUGCGGAGUAACGAAAUCAACGAAAACGAGAGGGAGUAUCUUGCAACGAUUAACUAUGACCUUCACGUGCCUAAAGACACGUUCGAAAAUUGGAGCAAGAUUGUCUUGGUAUUGAGCAAGUUGUCCAAUGAACGGCCCUGUUUUCCGCCAGGGCCUCUUGAUGCUCAUUUUGGUCCUCCUGGGGCCGGCUCGAAUACGACGUCACUGGCCGCCAUGGUCUCGCAAGUCGAUUUGGACGAGAAUCUCGAAUUUGAUCAACAAAUAUUUACAAGCCGGUGGUGGACCGGGUUACUUCAAAAACUGGAUCCUAGCAUCGUCAAGCAGUCACCACUCGUGGACUGCUUUCUUCGCGCCAAUUUACCCAGCAACAAGUUGCAUAUAAUUGCAUCUCUGCCACAUUUGAGUAAGGAAGUCAAUAAGCCGUUGGAUUAUUCGUCAAGCUCGAACUCUGGUACGCCUGGUGAGGAUUUGAACUUUGGAGACCUGAAUAACCCACGCAAAUCUCAAGCGUCCAGCAUCCACGGCUCCCAUAUUCCUCAGACUCCCGUCCAGAUGAGUCCAAUCUACUACUCCCUUAACAUCCUCUCCGGUAUCUGUGUCAUCAGAUUCGAUAUGCUCCACAUCCCGCUCUCGGUCGUCCUCUAUCUCAUCAGUCUCUUCGUGGUCUUCGUCGGGUCCGGUCAUGCCACAUUUGCAGAGAAGGACUGCCUGUGGACUUGGUCCCACUCUGUCUCGAGUUUGCUCGCUGCCUGA